ACCACCGUAGUCUUCAUAUAUCGCUCUACGUCUCACUGGUACAGACGUUGGCUUCUCUGUCUGAGCCGGCGGUCUCUGAUCCCUCCACAUCUCGACCCCCAUUUCUGGAACAUCCUCUCCUUCUCUGAUUGAUUUCUGAAUUGGUGUCCAUCUCGCUAAGAAGUAUCUGUAAUGGCUAAUGAACCUAACUCCAGUUCUUCCAACAAACGGUUUCCAAAAGAAAUUCGACUUUCAGGCAUGAAAAAUGAGCCAGAAAAGAUUGCAGCUGUAUCCAGUUUAGUGGGGAGAAUCAUCGAGAAAGGCUUCGCGCCUGCAACUCAAAAUCCCCAUUCGCUUGCUCCUCCCCAACCCACUGUCCUUCCUUUUCCGGUUGCUCGCCACCGCUCUGACGGUCCUCAUUGGGCACCACUAAGUCAUGAGGGCCGUGAGGAGGAGCCUGCAAAUGAUGAAGCCGACAUGAAUUUAGAUCAUCAAUCCGCAUUUGCAAAGCCAUUAAAACGAAAACCAAAGAAAGAUUUGGACUUCAGCAAGUGGAGAGAAUUGCUGCCUGAAGAUCUUGUGCACAAAAAAAUGAAUCCAAAUUAUUUACAGACUCUUGUUGGAAAAAGGAAAGGAGAAGACAGAAGCAGUCUUGUUUCAAAUGGCAGUAGAAUCUCAAAUCAAGUAGAAGAUAUGGAACAAAGUCAUAUUAUUUCAUCAGAUGUUCUCAAUGGAGCAUCUAAAGAUACUGGGGGUGGCCUCCUAAUUACUGAAACAAGUAACUUCAAAGCUGAAAGGAUGGAUGUCGACGUUGAAACUGCACCACGUAAGACUGAAAAUCGAUGGGAUUCAUGUCCUCAUGAAAAUAUGGAAAGUGACAUGCCAUCAAAUUCUAGAGAUUCUACUCAACUUGUUUCACAUGAUAAUAGGAUAUCUAGCUCAUUGGAAGAUAUUAAACAUUCUUCUAUAGAUUCAUCUCAUGUUUUCAGUAGAGCCCCUAAAGAUAUUGGGGCCAACAAAUUAGUUCUUGAGGGAAGAAACUUUAAACCUGAAGAGGAAGGCCCACUGUCAUCCACGGACAUUGAUGCUGAAAAUCGUGCCCUAUUGCAAAGAAUGUCACGUGAAGAGAUUGAGGAAGCACAGGCGGAAAUCACGAAACAAAUAAAACCCUCUUUAUUGGAGAAGCUAAAGGAGCGUGGAAGAAAGAAGUUGGAAAAGGAAAGUGGGAACCUACCACUCCAGAAUGCCUCCUCUUCUCCUGAUGCUCUGUCUGGUGGUAAUGAUUUGAGUAAAAUUUCAAAUAGUUCAUCUAGUGCUGUCAAAUGUGGAGAAGAUGAUAGCCUUCGAAAACCUUCAUCAGCAGAUGAAAAAAAAGAGGAUAAAAAUAGAUAUGAUGAGAUGGAUUUAAAAUCAUCCACGCCUAUGGUGAGCAGACCAGUGGUUGGUAGCAGCUCAUGGAAAUCUUGGUCUGAUAGAGUUGAGGCUGUUAGGGCUUUAAGAUUUUCAUUGCAUGGGACUGUUGUGAGAGAAUAUCCCACUCAGCUACCUACAGAAACAAAUAGUACUAUCGCAAAUAGCUUUCUAUAUAAUAUUGGAAAUGUUACAGAGCGUGACUUUUUGCGAACUGAGGGUGAUCCUGGUGGUGCGGGCUACACAAUAAAGGAUGCGAUGGAACUGACUAGAAGCACGAUUCCUGGGCAAAGAGCUCUUGCGUUACAGCUUCUUGCUUCUGUUCUUGAUCAAGCUUUACAUGGCUUACUAGUACAAAAUGAUGGUGGGCGUGAAAUUGGAAGGUCCAACUAUCCAGAUGAGUUAGUUGAUUGGCAAGCUGUUUGGUCUUAUGCCCUGGGUCCUGAACCUCAACUUGCUUUGUCUUUAAGGAUGGCAUUGGAUGAUAAUCAUGUUUCAGUGGUUUUGGCCUGUGCAAGAGUUAUUCAGCGGGUACUCAGUUAUGAAAUGAAUGAGCAGUUUUUCGAUCUUACAAAGAUGUUUAAGUUUCACAUGGGACUCCAUGUUUCUUCGCAGUUGUUGACAGCUUCUGUUAAGGAUAUGUACACUGCUCCUGUGUUUAGGAGUCGACCAGAGUUCAAUGUUGGUUUCCUCAAAGGUGGAUAUUGGAAAUACAGUGCAAAACCUUCAAAUAUGUUCCCCUUCAAAGAUAAUGAUGUAGAUGAUGGUAAUGAUGAAGAUCACACUAUUCAAGAUGAUGUAACCUUAGCAGCACAAGAUGUUGUGGCAGGACUGAUCAGGAUGGGAAUACUUCCAAGAUUGCGUUUUCUUUUAGAGGUGGAUCAGAUAAUUGCAGCAGAUGAAUGCCUUCUGUCCAUACUUGUGGCAUUGGCCAGGCAUUCCCCAACUUGCGCAAAUGCUAUAGUGAAAUGCCCCAGACUACUUGAAACCAUUGUUAAUAGAUUCAUUAAGAAAAGCACUAUGGAUAUUAGUCAUGCUGAUCUAAAAUCUGUAUGCCUUCUGAGGGUAUUGGCUCAAUCUGACAGGAAUAAUUGUGUAUAUCUUAUCGAACAUGGGAUUUUCCAGAAUGCUUUGAGGCACCUGUAUAUGCAUUCUUUUUCUCUAGAACGCUGGUUAACUACUGAUCGGGAGCAGUGUAAAAUGAUUUCUACUAUGCUGGUUGGGCAGCUUUCUCUAUGGGAGGUCUGCAUAAAUUAUGGGUAUUGCUUAACUUCUUUCUCAGACUUCUUUCCUGCAAUGAGCUUUUGGUUGAGCCCUCUGACACUUGACAGAAUUAUGAAAGCCGAUCUCUUUGUUGAAUUUUCAUCCGUCACAAGGCAAGCGUACCUUGUUCUUGGGGCCCUCUCUGCAAGACUACCCAAUUUUUAUUCAGUUGAACAAGCUCAAGAUCAAAUUGGAGAUGAUUUGGGUAAUUGGUCUUGGAAUCAUGUGUUUCCAAUGGUUGACACAGCGUUGAAGUGGGUCUCUUUGAAGACUGACAUCUGCAUCUCUUCAGUUCUCAAUAGGCAUGUUACCAGUGCUGGGUUUGUUAUUCAAAAUUCUUACAGAAGUAGCUUGAUUUGGGUCAUUUCAGCUGUACUGCGCAUGCUUUCAAGGGUCUUCGAAAAGAUAGCACCCCAAGAAGGUGUUACCUAUAUCAAGAAGAAUAAUAUUCAUAUCUCCAGGCUAACGGAACUUGUGUUUCAUGUUGGCCUUCUCAUCUUUGAAAAUGGAAUCCUGAAUGCUUCAGAGGUUGAUAAGGCAGGCUUGGCUAUUAGGGGGCAUUCUUUUGUGCAGACUUUGUGUUCUUUAAGAAAUGAUAGUGAUUAUGAGACAUCGUUAUCGUCUGGAUGCUGUCUUCAUGAAUUACUCCAGACUAUAAUUUUGGUGGAUAAAAUAAUGUGGAGUGUGAAAGCUGAGAACAAAAAACUUGGCUCAAUUGAUGGUAUUGGGAAAGAGGUUGUAGAACUGCUAGAUGGGCUAACUAAAUGGUCCCAAAACGAACUGAAACCUGUACUACUUAUGUUUAUGGAACACAUUGCUUCUGAAUGGUAUAUUCAUGACUCAUUUGAGAUGUUUGGUAGAGGUGGUCCUGCCCCAGGUGUUGGGUUAGGUUGGGGUGCUCCGAAAGGUGGGUUUUGGUCAAGAACUGCCAUUCUGUGUCAGGUAGAUGCACGAGUUAUUACUUGUUUGCUUCAAGUCCUUCCCAUAGAAGUUCAAGAAAUUGAUAAACUAAGCCAUCAAGAUGAUGAAUUUCUAGUUUCCGUGGCUAUUCCUUUGCAAAAGCUCAAUGCUGUUUUUGGGAUAUGCUUGGUUUUAGGACCAAGAGAUUCAUUAAUGUUUGAAAGUAUCUUGUCCUGUGUAUUGCUCAGAGUUCCUUUUAUGAAAUACCUUGGUUUAUGUGUUCAUCACUUUCUUCGUAAGAACAAGGGAAUGGAGUACUUUUGCUGGGUAUACAAGGAAGAUGACUACCAAAAAUUCAGUGAGGUUUUGAACACCCACUUCAGAAACAGGUGGUUAAGUAGAAAGACAAAAUCGCUGGAUAAAGCACACAAUGCAGUGGACAACAAAAGCAACCCUAGACAAAACCAAACUAAAGUUGGUAAUUUGGAUACAAUUUAUGAAGAAACUGUUGAUGCCCCGAGUAGUUCAGCUGGAAAUAUGCAGUACAUCACAUUGCAAAUAGAGUGGGCAAACCAGAGAUUGCCACUUCCUGUGCAUUGGUUCCUGAGUCCUUUGGCAACUGUUGAUGCCACUGAGAGUAUAGAUGUCGCCAGGAGUGGGCUUUUCUUUCUGUUGGGUCUUGAAACUAUGUCUUCAUUAUGCUCUGAAAAUCCAAGUUCACCAAUUUUACAAGUACCUUUGGUUUGGAAAUUACAUGCACUGUCAAUGGUUUUCCUCAAAAGAAAUGACAUUCUUGAAGAGAAGCAAACCAGAGAUACUUUCAAAACUUUACAGGACAUAUAUGGGCAACGUCUGGACAAACUGAGACAAAGAAGACCUGUAGUCGUUCUUGAAAAUGAAAAAUCCUCUGGUGUAUAUGGCAGAGAAAUUCUUUACUUCAUAAAAGAGGUGCAUGAAAGUUAUGGCUCAUUUAUUGAGAUCCUCAUUGAGCAAUUCAGUGCUGUAUCCUAUGGUGAUGUACUCUUUGGCCGGCAAUUAGGUGUAUAUCUCCACCGUACAGUAGAAGUGCCAGUCAGACUUCUUGCAUGGAAAGCACUAUCCAAUGCCCAUAUUUUGGAACUUUUGCCACCUAUAAAUGAUUGCAUUGGCGAGAUUGAAGGAUAUCUGAUCCCUUUUGAGGAUAAUGAAGAGAUACUCGAAGCAUACUUGAAGUCUUGGGUCUCUGGAGAUCUUGACAGAGCAGCGACUCGAGGGUCUCUUAGUUUCACAGUAACAUUGCACCACCUCUCAUCCUUCCUGUUCUUCAGUGAAGUAGGUGGUGAAAAACUGUUCUUGAAGAAAAGGCUUGCAAAGUCUCUUCUUCGUGACUUCUCCCGAAAAACUCAGCAUCAGGGAAUGCUACUGAAAUUGAUUCGAUAUGAACCGCUCAUGUCUAGAGAUGGAUUUGGGGUAGAAGAUAUUGCUUUGGAUGCCCAAGAGGUUACGAGGAGAUUAGAAUUCAUAUGUGAAGCUUGUGACGGGAGUUCGUCUCUGUUAGCUGAGGUUGACAAGCUGAAAUCAGCCCUCUUGUAACCUAACAACAGUUUUGGAGAGAGAAACAGCAUUUGAAGCAUUUGUUUAAGUCUAACAAGGCCUUUAAUCUGAUAGGUUUUGGUCAUGCAUGAUGAAGGAAGCAAAGGCAUCAGUGCAAAUUAAAUUUUUUUUUUUGGGUAAGUAAAUGCCCAAUUUUUUUUAAUAUUUUCUAAGUGGUAGAGGGCCCAAAAGUUAAGUUUGUGUAAAUUGAAUUUUGAUGUAUGUAAAGAGAAACUCAGGACCAUGAUCAAAGACAGCAUUUGGGCAAAUAUUGCAGGCAAUUUAUUUGUCUAUAAAUCUUUUUAGCUGCACUCUGAUGCUCAUUUGUACAUAUGUACAUAUUUUUCAGAGAAACGUGCUCAGAGAAAAGUGCCUUUA